ACCAGGGUUUGGCUGCUGGAUUGUUCCUGUCCAAAUUGUCUGUCUGAAUCCUUUCUCUGCCCCUUGAAGUCCUCUGAAGUCUUGCCCUGCAACCAGUGUCUGAAGCCAUGCCUCGCCUGGAGCCGAGCCUUGCCUUGCCUUGCCUUGCCUUGCCUUGCCUUGCCUUGCCUGUAACCUGUGCCUGCACUGCUGUCAAGUUCAACUGCCGAAGCAAGAUAAGGAACUAUCUAUUGUUGUUUUGAACUGUCUCUGUGUCCAUGCCCUCACUAGACAAGGUUAUAUAAUUAUUGUGCCCACAAUGUACUGCAGUGAAAUUAGGAUAUUGGAAGCCAACAGCCAUGAAAAAGAAGAAAGAAAACCAUUUUAUGGAUCUGCUAUCUCACAAAUCAAAGAAGAGACUGAAUACAUAAAACAGAUGCGAAUUACACUACAGAAUGUGCGACGGAAUAUGUUUGAAGCUGAGGAUGGACUAAUUCGCAGCCCAACUCAAGAGAUAAAGACAACACUGGCAGAGUCGUCUGAUACAAACGAAUCUGACCCGUCUAUGACCGAACUAUGUUCCAAGUAUCAUCAGAUUCUGGAUGAGAUUAAAGCCAAGGAUGCAGAACUUUGUGCUCUUCUACAAGAAAACAAAGAACUGGCUACACAGUUGGAGGCCACUCAGGAAGCAGGUGCUGCGGCUCUUCGGAAUGCUUCACAGAAACUCUACAAACACUAUCAGCAGCAAAUGGAUGAACUGAAGCAGAGGCAUAAGCAAGACAAGCAGAGACUGCAGGCUUUUGCAGAGGAGCAGGAGAAAAAGUUGCAAAGGAGUAUCAAAAAUUUCAAUGACCUUGAGGUGAAACUGCAACAGAAACAGAACAGAGCGAUGGAGCUGGAAAGGAGAAUAGAAAGGAUGGAAAAGGAGAAGAAGGAGUUAAUGCAGAGGAAGCAGUUUGUGGAGAAUGAGAUGGAAUGUACGCAUUAUGCUUCUAUAGAUGUUCCAGACGGCGCAAGGAGCAGCUUUCAGAGUCUUCAAAUGGAGUCUUCCACACUGCAGGAAAAGAUCUUUCACCUCGACAAUGUUGUCACACAGCAACAUCGAAAUCUACACAGUGCAAUAAACAAGAUUCAAAACUUAAAAAUGGAGUUGGAGAAACAAGAUGAAGUCAUAGCAAAACUAAAGGAACAAAUGGGCAUACUUGAAGCAGAGAAUAGUUGCCUCAAAUAUAAAGCUGAAGUUGUCUCUGAAAACCAGAAGGAAAAUAAUUCACCAGUGAACUCCGCAAGCCCUCGUCCCAAAACUGCUUACGCGCUCAAUAGAAACACAACGCCUUAUCAGAUGCUGAUGAAUUGGAAAAAGGCAAGUGUGUGACCAUGGGUUAACCAGCUCCAUAUCACAGGACGUUCACCACAGAGGGAAUCCUCACAGGAGAGAAUUGUUGCCACCGCACACAACCACCCACUAGCUUCUCAGGGGCCAGCUAAUUCAGAAACUGCCAGAAAAUAAAGUGCAGAAUGACAUUUGUCUGAAACUGGGUGCGUACAGGGAAAUUAAAGACCACUUGAGCUCCGAGGUUUUUAAAAUACUAUAAUCUGUCAAGAAAUUAUGUGAUAGGGAAGAAAAUUACCGAGGAGAACAUUUGGGUGAUCAAAUGAAAACCCCUCAGAAGCACAGGACUAUAAAACUUGCACGUAAUUCUUGUUAACGUUCAGCUCUGGAAAAGAUUUCAACAAUGCGAGCAUUUGAAAUGUCUAACAAAUAUAUCACCUUUACAGAAUACGGCCAUUCCAUAGGAAUAAUAUGUAGUUUAAAUCUUUACUGCAUGCUCAUUUUGAUUAUAAAUAGGGAAAAUGAGCAGUAUAUGUGUGUACAAACUGAUUUGUUUGUUUUAAAUAAAACUAUUUA